AGUUUUAGAGUUGAGUUCCAGCAGCCCAAAAGCUCACUCAGUUUCCUCACAUGGCUAUGGCUAUGGCUUCCAAUUCCAUUAAUCUUCUCUUCUUCUCCAUCUCCCUCUUCUUCCACUUUCUUUCCUUCACUCACUCUGCAACAAUCACUGUCCAAAACAACUGCAACCACACAAUUUGGCCCGGCAUUUUGUCCGGCGCCGGAACCGCCCCUCUCUCCACCACCGGCUUCGCUCUCCCCUCCGCCGCCUCCACCGUCGUCGACGUCCCCGCCGCCUGGUCCGGCCGCAUUUGGGCCCGCACUUACUGCUCCACCGACGCCGCCGGCCGAUUCUCCUGCGCCACCGCCGACUGCGGCUCCGGCGCCGUCGAAUGCCAAGGCGCGUGUGCAGCACCACCCGCGACUCUCGCCGAAUUCACAUUGAACGGCGGCGGCGGAUUCGAUUUCUACGACGUCAGCCUCGUCGACGGGUACAACAUUGCGAUGGGGAUCGUGGCGCAGGGUGGGAAGUCCGGGAACUGUACGGCCACGGGGUGCAUUGCUGACUUGAACGGCGAUUGCCCGGCGGAGCUGCGGGUGAUGGGGGCCGGAGACGGCGGCGAUGGUCGGAACCGGAGCGUGGCGUGUAAGAGCGCGUGCGUGGCGUUUGGGAAACCGGAAUAUUGUUGCAGCGGCGCGUUUGCGAAUCCGAACACGUGCAAGGCGAGUGAGUACUCGAAAUUCUUUAAAAAAAAUUGCCCACGCGCUUACAGUUACGCCUUCGACGACGGAACCAGCACUUUCACCUGCGUAUCCGCCAAUUAUCUUGUUAGCUUUUGCCCUUCCCCCGCCGCCAGUUUGAAAACAUCCAGUGAACCGCAACCGCAAGCCGCUGACAUUUCAGGCUGCCGGCGACGCUCAACGCCGCCGUCCUUGGGCAUGUUCGCCGCCGCGUGGGUGGCAGCUUGCAGCUUCCGGCAUCUGUUUCUUCACUGCCAAAGCCACUGAAUAUUUCAACUCAAAAAAGAAAAAAAGAAAAAAAAGAGGGCACUGAAUAUUUAAAUUAAAUUAAUUUCUGCCGGAUCACGCUCGUACCGAGUGGGCCCAACCCAAUUAUUUUAUUGGGCCAUAUGAUGACAUAUUUGGGCGGCUGCAACUUGCCGUGUGGCCCAAUUAUUUUGGAUCCAUAAGUCAGGUUUCAGCUACUUCUGUUUCUGCAUGGUUCUUAAGUCGUAUUGGAUGUGACACAAAUUAUUUGUAUAACAUGCUCCAAAAUGCAAUAUAUAAUAUUUUUCUCAUUUCU